AUGAAGCGCACACAUGCACAGGCCGAUGAUGAACCCGUUGAGGUUCACGAUAGUGGGUUUAUGUCACCCAUGAUGAUGUUUCCUCCAUUUCCACACAAUGAUACAUUUGUGGAAAGUCGUCAAUUUAAAUUAGUUGCAGGACCAAUUUCUAAUCCUGAUGCUGAUGAAUUUACAUUUAAUCAUGCACCUAACGAUUAUGGUGUUAUGGAUCUUCAAAACGCAAGAAUUACUGGAACCAUUACAAUUACGGGCCUUGAUAAUACCCAAUUGGCAGCCACUCAAAAUGUGGCAAUUUGUCAAUCACCGCUUAGAUUGGGAUGGAAGUCACGAGAAGUAUUGGUGAAUAAUCAACGCAUUAAUUCGUUGUCAUCACAGGAAAAUGAAAUUGAAUUCAUAAAUCAUUUAACACGCGAAAUACCUCAGGCCUAUACUCCCGAUCAAGAAAUAACAGGAUGUAUUCAUAAUACUCCUGGUGCGGCUAAUUGUAGUGAUAGUAUAAUAGAAAUGAGAGAUCCAACCGAUGCAACGCACGUUAAUAAAGGUCUUGGCCAACGCUAUUUAUUGUGUAAAAGAGAUGUACCUUUCAAAUGUUAUGAUUUCGUUAAUGUAAUGGGUGAUAAUAAGCGGUAUGUUGUGUCAUCAUUUAAUAUGACCGUGAGAUUAAGGCGUUUAGAAAAAACAAAAACCUUAAUGGGUGCUGCAGACCAUUGUGCUGCGGCAAAAAUUCGUUAUUCAGAUUUAGAAAUUCAUGUUCAAGCGUUUAAGCCAAAAGCACAAUUAAUGGCCGCCAUUAACAGCGCCAUGAUUCAGAAAGGCGAAGAAGCAAAAUAUUAUAUACGUCACCAUCGUUAUGUGCCCAUACCCGUUGCAAUAGGCACACGUAAAAUUGUAAAAAAUGAUCUUUUUACGGGUGCACGACCAACGCGUAUGUUUAUCUAUAUUCGUACACAGGCACGAUAUAACGGUGCGCAUACUAGCAAUCCAAAUCGAAUGAUUUUUCCAGAUUUAGAAUUUUUAGGUGUUAAAAUUAACGAAGCUUUUGUUGAACCUACAAUUGAAAAUUCAAAAGAAGCAUACAUAAAUUUACGACGUGUUUUAAAUCGUAAAUAUGAUGAGAUGCCGUUUAGUUACAAAAAUUAUUUAACCGAUUAUGGUCUUAUUGCAAUUGAUUUAUCUGAAAACAAAGAUAGUUACAAUCAAAUAUUGCCCAAUGCAACUAGCGGUAUUGUAAGUCUUGAAAUACGUCUUAAUAACGGACUUGCUGCGGCAAGUCAAUUGAUAGUGGUUGGCGAAUUCAGAAAUCAAUUAUCUUGUGCAUACCAAACGGAAUCACGUUUAAAAUUCGCGUAUUAA